AUGGAUUUGGUGCGUGCUGCGUUCGAAUGCUCCACUUUACGAUUCCGAUGGAGAAAAUUCGGAGCACUAUUUUUUUACGAUAUUUUCAACCUGCAGAGGAGAGCCAGUUUCUCACAGUUUUCACAGUCGCACGAUGAAACUUUUGUUGCUGAGGCUGGAAAACAUGGUAUGAACGAGCAGUACGGUCCUCAACUCAAUGUUUGUUUGAGCAGGAAAUCGUCACGAAUGAAAACAGGGAGAUCAGAGGCGAUAUGCGUGUUAGGGCAGCUAUAA